AUGUUGUCUCCGAAAGCCGCUGCCCUCUUCAACUUUGCCCUCCUGGCCUCCGCCGCCCCGGGAAAGCGCCAGUCCACCGGCACCGGAUCAUGCACCGACUUGCACAUCUUCCUCGCCCGCGGAUGGAACGAGGGCUACCCAGGCAGACAACAGCUUGUCAUUGACGCCACUUGCAAUGGCCUCUCCAGCUGCGACUAUGAAGAUAUCUUGUUCGAUGCAUCCAACCCCUCUGGCUACCCUGCCGCGGUUGAGGAGGGUCGCGUUUCUGGAGUCGCCCAAGUGAAGGCAUACAGCGAGAAAUGCCCUAGCUCCAAAAUUGUUCUGAGUGGUUACAGCGAAGGUGCCAACGUUGUUGGAGAUAUCCUCGCUGAUUCUGGGCUGGCUGCCACCGCCGCUCCUGGAAGCCAGGUCUGCGCCGCCCUCCUCUUCGGCGACCCUACUCACAUCGCCGACCAAAGCUACAAUGUCGAGGCCGGCUCCAGCUUCAGCGGCCAGAUGGCCCGCUCGAGCUCUUCUCUGAGCAACCUCAACAACUUCUCUGGCGUCCUGCGCUCCUGGUGCAACGGCGAGGACAUUGUCUGCGCCUACGGCGAGGGUCGAACGAUGGGCGAGGAUGCCCACACCAACUACUUCCAGCUCUACACCAACGACGCGGCCGCCUACAUCAAGGAGAAGUGCGUGCCCUCAGGAACGACCCCUCCCACGGCGACCGCCACCUCCAGCCUUCCCGCGCCCACCUCCACUGGAUCCUUCUGCGUUUCUGGCAAGGUCAAGACAGGCCUGUCUGAGAACUACACCGGUCUCUGCGAGUUCUCUUGCUCCAACGGUUACUGCCCUGAUGAGGUGUGCGACUGCUCUACGUACGGAGAGCAGACGACCAGCCCUGGCGGAGAUGGCCGUGAUGGAUGCCCUGCUGCCGGCUUGGAUGAAAGCUACAAGGGCCUUUGCAGCUUCAGCUGCAGCCAUGGAUACUGCCCGACUGGCGCCUGUGUCUACUGCUGA